AAGAAAAGGAGGAAGUAGUUGCAACGACUUUCAGGUAACUUCAGCUCUGACUUGCCUGCAGUUUGUUGGAAGUGUAUUUGUACCACGGUGAAUUUAUCCCAAUUGUUUGUCAAGCUGCACACUUGUGAAAGAGGACAAAUUCUCCACUCGUUGGGACGGAUACAACUCCGACUUAGGCAAACGUCUGACGUUGGUUGGUCGCUCAGGAACCGCCCCCAGAUCACCUGUGUCACUCCGCGUCCAGUACUGAACCCAUCACCAUACCCGCAGUUACUGAGUUAGACUGGGAACGCACAUGUGCAGAACGGCUGGCUGCACCGACGUCAUCACAUUGUCCAAGCGUUAGAACAUUUUCGAACAACGUGUGAAGAGGCUGCGUGAACAAUUGCCCCGCUGCAAGGACAUUUGUGGGCAACAUUCUGCAAAUCUGAGAAGAGAGGAAACUCUAGACCCGACGUGUCUGUCGUUGACAGUAAGUCAUCGCCAGCGAGUCUCCCUCCAAUUUUCCUGAUUCGAAGCUGGUACCACAGAACUUUGGUCGCUCAGUUGUUAGUUCUACUGGCUGGAAUCUGACGAACAGUACUUUGCAGCGAGUGACAGGUCUACGGGCCGCUAGACUGGGCCUUAUAAAUACGAUUAAGAGUUUAUCUCCUCGUGUCAGUUGUGUUCCGUCGUCUGUUGAUACCAGUUAGACUAGCAGACACUGCAGGCUGACAUCUCCCUAACUGGAACGUGACCUGUGAGGCUCAUAGGUUCUCUAUCUCCCCCCCCCCUUCAUCUCUCUAUCUCUUGACUUGUACAAUAGUCAAUAGGAUCAUGAUGUCCCACGUGUCCAACACCAAUCAGUCUUCACUGAUGUGCCCCACCAUAGCCUGGACACCAACACCUAGGUCGUGUAUGGAGCUAUCACAACCCAUCGCCGGAUUCCGACACAACACCCUCAGUAGCAGCAACGCCAACCACAGUUUGCUGCAGCCCUCCUCGUCUCCGGUCGCAGCCUCUGCUGUGUCUACAGAACCCCCUGCGUUUUGUGUGACCAGCAAUGCUCACCACCAAAGUGGUCCAGUCUCCGGUCAGUUGUCCCCGCAGAGUCUGCAGCAUUCACCAUCGCAGCAUCAACCACACGGCCAAGUGUCUCCUCCACACGGCCAAGUGUCUCCUCCACCCUGCACAGCGCCCAUGUCAAGCCGAGUCAGCUGGAUGCAGCCAUCUCCAGUGGAGCGCAGUCCCGCCAUCACCUCCUCCUCCCCCGAUGUAAUCCCAUCCAGCGGUAGAAACCUGCUAAUACCGUCUAAUGGUCAGCCAGUACAGCGUAGCCAGGUACCCCUGGUCAUGCUGCCAAUCUCCGUCGCCGGACCGCCGCAGCAACAGACAAUUUACGAGAGCCGUCCCGCCGUCGUUCAAACAUUGUCCCAUCAACAGCAUCGCCCAGCACCACUGUCAGCUCCUGCACCAUCCGGACCCUGCUACUAUCAGAACCUUGCGCCAUCCCAGACGCAUCCCUACUCACACCAGCUCAUGCUAUCGCACGAGGCGCCGGUCAGCCAACGCGAGCGCACCAAGCCGCUGCGUGACUGGAUCCUGAAGCAUCGAUCACACCCCUACCCGAGCAAGGAGGACAAACUGGCCUUGGCCAUGAUGACACGCAUGCGUCUUGACCAAGUCUCCAUGUGGUUCGCCAACACCCGUCGCCAGAUCCGCAAAGUAGGCAUGAAGGCCUGGUCAGGCGGUCUCUUUAGUGCACCACUACCACACCGGGUUGGAAAUGGAGCUAUUAUUCCUGUUCCGGAUGAGGAGCGUGAGGAUGACGGCGAGGAGGAAUCCAGCUUGACCUGCUCAUCCGAUGACAGUUCAUCUGGCAGAAUUCUAACCGACAGCAGCUGUUCCAUGGAGUAAUCACUAACAUACCGGUAGUCAUUACUGCGACAAGUCAUGUGACCCGUUGCCAUGGCUGUGGAGCACUACAGGACAUGGGUUCUACAACGAAGCUGACUGCUGGUGUCAUGGUUGCGGUCAUGAGGAACUGUUGGUGUAAUUCAAGUAGAAUAUAGGAGAUUAUGCGCAAUAACAAACUAGAUGGACUUUAUAGGGUUUGGUCGAUCGAACGUAACUACAAUGCUACAUAAUACGCAACAUAAUAAUUAUUAUAUUAUUUGCUUGAGUAGACCGCAGUGCCAUCGCAGGCUGAGAAACACUUCUAUGUAAUACGAUAUGAAUUACCAAACAGCAUGUGUAAUGAUAUACUUUAGCCUAGACCUUCAGCGUGGGUGUAAUGAAGCAGCUGUAUAGUUACUACUUGGCUGGCAGACUGCAGAGUAAUCGUACUGGUACAGUUGAGCAUGAUUAUCGAUAGUGUAAUGAUGGCCACCGUAUUGUGGAAUUUCAAUACGGACGCGGAGAGAGUACGUACUAAUGUAGCCAAUAAUCAUAAUGAUAGAUACCGGUAGGCAAUCUAAAAUAGAUAUUUACUAAUGAUUUGUACUAAUGAAUGUAGUAAUGAAUGUAGUAUUAUUUUCCACUAAGCUAAUCUGUUAAUGCGGCACAAAAAACAUGAGCACCCGAUUGUAUUGAAUUCUUUUUUCCCUAGCUGACGACAAAUUGUCGCUCAGUAGAUCCACUCGACCUGCACACCGUAGUACAUAUCAUUUACGUCUGUUUGUUACCGUGGUUACAGCCAAUCGAUACCAUUAUAAUCCAUACCCGUCCCGGCAGAAGUACAAUUCCCGAUUCUACUCGUAAUUUUUUUGAGAGCUGCAUCCUGGUACAGGAUACACUGAGUCACUGAUUAGUAUAGUAGUGCAGAUGUACGUGUGUAAUGAUGGAGUGCUAGGAUGGUUGAUGAUAUAGUUAUGAUUGUGAACUGUCACAUGACCUUACAUAGUAGGAGGUCAAGUUCUGGCUUGCAACUGGCUUUCCAUGAUGCGGUUCUGUUUCGCAAGGAAGUAGUUCAUGAGUAUCUCAAUAAUUUGACUGCUUUUUGAUUCAAGUUGAACUUGCUGGCUUACACUGCUUUGCUUGUGUGCUGCUUGCUAUCAGUUGCUAUUCCAGUGUGAAAUAAUCACUACUGAAGUCUUGUACCGUAGAAUCUACUAUCAUCAACA